UUGGGGUAGCAACGAUCAAUCGGGAUUACACGUUCACAUACAAGGGAACAUAAAAGGUAUUUAAAUGUCCAGUGGCGCCAUAGAUCUGUUGAGCACUUAUGCUCGCUUAAAAUGUAUUUUCCUCGCUAAUCUACCACUAAAGGAAAAUCUGUCUCUCGUAAGAGGUAAUAAAAUUAAAGGAAUUUCUGAUAUCAAUUUCAGCCCAACAUAUCUCGAGAAGAUGCCACUUUGCGUUAAAAUUGAAAGCAAUCUUGACACGUUUUCCAGAAAGGGCGAUCGCAUCAACAAUAUGGGCUAAUGUUUUAAAAGCUUUGUUCUCGUGACAGGUGGUGUGUGGCAGACUGAAUAAGAAAGACCCCAAGUAAUUCAGACAAGGAUUUUGCUUAUGAUAAUUAAUGCUUCAAGAUAUUAUUAUUAUCAAUGCCUCAAGAAAUAUACCGUUUCCAUUUGGUUAAUGCAAUUCACUUAGGAAUGAUGUAAACAUUUUGAAAUCGUUAUCGAGUGUUUCGAUUGUAAAUAAACAACCACAGACGUCCCAAAAUUGGCCUUCCUUACAGGAUGGCGAUACAAAAUGUCACGAAAAUAAGAUAUCAGUUUUCACUUGGUCUAUGACAUUUUAGAUCCAAUGCUGGGGCAGUUUACAAGUCAUUGAAGAGUGUUUACAUGGAAAGUGUAUCUAAAACUAAAAAGGUAGCAUCAGGGUGUCAUUUUGGUACGAGCAUGAAAACAAUAACGCGCAUAAGUUGCUCAUAGAUUUCGUGACUUAUAAUCAAUAAUCUCAACAAAUGGUUUCAACGCUAUUUUCCGCCCAUUUACGAUGCAAACCGCUUUUGAAAAACAUUAUUCACAGUUAGCGUAAUUUAGGGUAAUUUAGUAUAACCAACAGAGUUGAUAUUAGUUAGCCCUUCGUUAGCCCUCGUCAGAGCGAAUGGAAAACCGUCCUCUGACUUAAAGAAAACCACAAAAUAUUUAAACUGAGAAAGAAAAAGAACGUUGAGUGCCAUAAGUGGAAAAGAUUAAAAUAAAUUGAAAAUGGCGAGCUUACGAAAUUGCGUAUGGAUGCUUUACAACGUACAACGUUUAAACUGCGAUUUUUUUUUUCACUCUUUUCUCGUUGCAGUAUCAGUGUUGAAUCAAAUAGUAAGGUCAAGGGGAAAAAAGGGAGUGAUAUCGCCUAAGGAGUUCUUUGAUAACGAUUUUCCUUGUCAGUACCAAAGGAAAUGUGUAAUGAUCAGUAUGGGUAAUAUGCAUACUGUUAGCAGGAUGUGAAGGGUCGAUAUCGCUUCAACCAGAAGUACAGCGUUUCCUUUCGUACAAUGACAUCGAAGCAAGCCUCGGAAAAUGUUGGUUAAAAUGAUUUUAUUUUACCACAUUAAUAUCGUAAUCUUAUGCCUUAAGCCGCCUGCACAAAGAAGGGAGAUGACGAAAAUUAUAAUACCAAAGCUAAUUAAGAAGAAUUUUGAACACUCAAAAAUACACCUGUCUCUUGAAGUGACGCGAAAAACACAUCUUCUCGGAAAUACUUUUUAAACCAUUUUAGCUAUUGUUGUUAAAGGAAAGGUGCUAAUGAUCAAUGCAUGGUUGAUUUAAUUGAUUCCGUUUUGUUUCUUUAUUACGGUGAACACCUUCCUUUUAUGGGACACUAAUUCUACUGCCAUGAAGGACCAUGCUGAUGGGUGGAAAAAUUCAACCUUUAGGCCUGCCGGCCAGCGGUUUUGUCGAGAUAACAACCUAAGGCAUCUCAAGGACCAGGGUUUUCUUAAAAAUCAAAAUAAAAACAUUGAAAUUGUCUCAAUAAAACUUCACAUGCGCAGAAGCGUUAUUAGGGAGUCUGUUCCUUGAUAAAGCGCAAUUCUGUUGACUAUGUUGUAAAUUAACAUAGAUAUUUAAAUGUAACUUAUUUAAUGACGGUGGAUUACUUUUGUUUUCUUGAUUGUGGUUUAUUCGAGAAAGCAGCCUUUUUGGUAAUUACACUUGUUUGGAAACUCACUACUUGGAAACAAAACCCCAAGUAACAUUAUAUAAUGCCUUUAAAAAACAAAAAAGUUACUUAAUGUAUUGCGAACCCUAGGUAAGGGUAAGCUUCUUAAAACAAACUGUGACGCUGCGUCGGUGGGAUUGUUAAAACAAAAUUUGGUUCAGUUUUAUAAACUGAGUUGAUAGUGUGAAAUAGCCUCCGUAAGGAGAUUUUUAAACUGAUGUUUUGAAUGUUAGCCUUUUGUCACAGCGAAUGACGGAGGAUAAACGCCUGAAACGUCAGCUUUAAAAACUCUACGCAAUCAAGAAUUCGUGUAGUUUCUGGCUUCCAACAAACGGAGCUUUCAUCAUGCAAAGUAAAAUAGUUAAACUCUCAGAAUAUAGUGAUAUGGAAUUAUCUGAAGCGUAAAGUUCUUCUGAAUUAUGCUGGACGGAGUCGCCGGAAGUAACUCCCUGAGUCUUGUUUCUCUACGCUGUGUGAUUGGUCCAGAAAAUUUGCGUCAUCCUCUCAACCAAUCAGGUGCAAAGUUUGGUCACCUGCUCUCAGCGCCCGCUACAGUUCAUGUAUUUUCUCGGAUAUUUACGUCUUCAGAUAUUUACUCUCUUUUUCGAUUGGCUGUUGUACUUCCUUUAGCCUUGGUUGAAUGUCAAUCAGCUAAAUUGCACUCUAAAAGUAAUAAGAAUAUUUGUAAAAGCUUGCCUACAAUUUUAAUUCGAAACUAUUUUGUGAAAAUGGCUUAAUUAAUUGACCUGACAAUUGUGGUGUCACGAAUCAGAUUCAAAUUUCUUAUUUCUCAAAUUUUCUUCUACCAAACCUGCCCAAAGGUAAACAGAAUUUAAAGAAGUCUGCCAGCCUUGAAGUCAAACGUCAGUAAUCCAAUGUUGCGGAAGACAAACUUUGCAUUCACAAUUUCCGUGUUUUCGUUUUUCGUAAAAUUCUUGGCCAAGUCUAUUUGCAUUAUUUUCCUAAGACGUCUGAAAACCGGAAAACAAAAUUCGAAGGCGGGAUAUUAUGACUGAAAGGUGUUACACAUGAAAAUGGUUUCAAGGGUUUGUUUUCAAAGAUCAUUAGUAAAAUGAGUCCGCUUUAACGAUCCAAAGCAAAAGGAUGUCAUUGUUUUGUCUUGUCUCACAUAACGGUUAAAAUUCUGUGCAAAAAAACUUCACCUUGGAGUACAAUUUGAACAUUUCAAUUCCGGUCGUUUCAUUUAGGACCUCUUGAGGAAUACCUAAAUUAGUCACGUCUCGAUUAGCUGUAAAAUGAAGUUUGCCAAGCGCUUGUCACGUUUAGGCAAUUCAUAAUAUUUUUCUAAGGAACAUGGUUAUUUCACUCGAACAAAACUCGUUUAUCCAGCUGCAGUUAAUUUGAUUUACAAUUUACGAGCCGACAAAUGCGUUAGAAUCUACGCAAACUGUCCCACCAAUCAAAUUCGAGAACGAAAAUGCAAUCGUUUUUACCAAACUACUCAGUUCGACGGUUUUAGGUUCAAAGCUGUGUUGAGUUCAGUCCAUCCUUCUGUUGGCUAAGGCGCUAUUCCAUACCAGGUAGUCGUUUCACAUUUUCUUUCUUAUCCCUGCAUAAAUAUUACACAAGGAAUUAUUUGUAAUCAAACGAUGCGCAAUUUUGCAUGAUUUAACAAACGCAAAAGCCAUUCAAUUCUUUGCGCAAUAAAUUUCGUGGUAUUUCCCUGUCAAAAGAAGGGUAAAAAUUGCAUAUUAUUGCAGUAUCUCUGACUUAUGUUCCAUAUAACAGUGGUUGUCCAAGAUCUCCCUCACAAUUAUGCCUAUUUCAUCAUCUUCUCAACUUUUAAUUUUGAACCCAAAAAGGUGGCUGUACUAACAUGUAACAAAGCACACCUCAGGAAAGAAGUGAAAAGUGAAAAUUGCUGUAUAUCAUUUUACCGCUAGGAUUUUUUUUUUUGGUGCUUAAAACAGUUUCAUUGCUUUGUUUUUAUACGAAGCAUCUUUGAUUUGAAAUAAUCCGUUACAAAAAACAUCAACAAUGAAUGUACAUUUUAGUAGAUUCUAAAUCAUGCUUUUCAAGAACGUUUGUGUGCAAAUGUCGGCUCCGUUCACGCAAACCAUGAGUUUUUGUCUUUGUUCAAAGCAAUUUCAAUUUUUGUUAAUUGUAAAUGUAACAUAACGUGUUGCAAAGCCGAACAAUUACAAAUUUACCUUACUGCUGUUCACGAAUGUUCGAUUAUAAAUGUCGGCUCCACUCUGUCUAGUCAUAUUUUUCUCUGCAAGGUCACCUGUAAUUUGAACAUAAUGCAUUUCAAAACAGGAUUGUUACGAAUUUAAUAUGUGAUAGGUAUUAUAUCCUGCAUUUACAAAAAAACUCUUCUCUAUGCAUUCGCCCUCCAUUCUAAGGGCUUGUUUUCUUGCGCAAAAAAAAUUUAAUUUUUUUUUAUUUCAGGCCGGCCUAUUUGUAAUUUAUACAUAAUUCGAGAUAGAGUCAUAUCGAAUUUAAAUAGUAACAGUCUGUAAAGUUCGCUCUUUAUUUAAUUUCUAUCACGCAUCGCCCACUCUGUUUUUUAGGAUUGCCGUUUCAUGUCCAAAGAGAAGGUUUACUCAAGUUCGAACGGUGCAAUUUACCACAAGUUGAGUCAGAGUAGCUCCUAAUCUUUUCUUAGCGGACACGUUUCAGUCAAGUUUGAUCAAGAAUCCUGAAUUUAAUCUGCAUUGUAAAGAGAGAGACUUUGUAAUCUUUAAGCACAACUCUGUUUACCUGUCCAAAUGACACAUAUUUGAUAUUGCAAUUUUGUACAUGCGAAAACAUUACUGUUUCUAGUGAACACAAUUUCACUGAUGCUGAGUUUUUUUAUUUACCCAUGCUACUCGUAUAUUCAGUCAUAUGUCAAAGACAUGCAAGUAAUUAAUGUUUCUCUUUCCGAGCAAUAACAGCGUUUAAAUAGUUAUCAGAGUGAGGCUUGACAGGCAAGCAACGCGUGCUAAGUAAUGCUUUACGAAAGUGUCAAAGGUAAUUAUUUUCUUGGGCUGACAAAGGUUCUCUGAACCUUAAAUGAGAUCUCAGUUUGAAAUAGUAAAAUGAACUGAGAUCUGUGGCUUCCUCGAACAAUUAGGAUUCGAUGAGAAUCAUAUCACAAAGUACUCUUUCAGAAAACAAUGAUUUUCUUAUCAAGAAUUUUCUCAGACAUCAAGAUUGAAUAUAUAUAUAUAUAUAGGCAAUGUUUUGCACCUUUCACACAAUGAUCUUAAAGAAAUUGGGAAAUUUACUCAGCACUUACUUCCCGCUCAAAACCUUCAGAAAAAGGCCAAGAAAGCUUCUUUAAGUUAUUUUGAGACUACAACUUUAUUCAAACAAGAUGCAGACGGAAGCGAAACAUUAACGAGCUUUUUGCGUGUAAAAAAAACCGUUCAAUCAAGAACCCGCCUUAGGCCUGAUUCAACUCAUUUAACAGAAAGAUUAGAACUUGCAGAUUUCCGUACAAAAUUACGAAAGUUAUUUGAAUCAUCGUAAAAUCUUAUCGUUAGUCUGAGUUAAAAAUCGUAUCUUGAAUGAAAGAAUGAUAUUUACCAGUUUGAAGUACUCUCCGAAUUACUUCAAACUUCGCUCGGAAGUCAACAGAUUCUACUUUCUAAUUUAUCGACUGAGUUGGUAAAUGAAAACUGGCCACCGCAAAGAGUUUCUGAAACUGUCCUUUUUUGUGCGUUAGCCCUUCAUCAGAGCGAAGAAUAGAAAGGUCUAUCGGCUAUUAAAAUAUCUGUUCCGAAAAUCGCCAACCGGAAGGGUUUUUUUAAGAACUAUUUUCUGAUUCAAUUCAGUGAUCCUUCAGGUCGAGAUUUUUCUCUUUCGAAGUGAUCUGGUAGCAUAUCCAUCUACUCUAAGGAAGAGCUUCCAAUAGGACCGCCAUCUUGAUUUUAUAGAGAUCAUAUCCUUCAUCAAAAUCGCGCGGGAUAAAUUCGACAGAGUACCAGGUCUGAAAGUAACAAAAUACAGGCCCUCGCGGGACAGGUAGUACAGCGAUUUGAUUGGUUGGUUUUAGAUGUCGGCACGAACCGCCUUAGUCGGAUAAUAAAGGGUUAAGAUGGCAAAGAGAAAUUAAAUGUUAAUCAAUACUCGGUGUACAAAGGAUUACCAGUAUUUCCUUGUUGAUCCUACAGAAGAUGUUUUGAUGAAUGAGAGGAAAAUUUGGAUUUUUCAUGCAGCUUUUGAGUUAGAUUUUCGUUUUCCUAAUUGGAUGAGAGCAGAAGUACUUUAUUCAGCUAAUUCCUGAAGAUUUCACUGAGCACCCAUAAAGACUAGAUUGUGGGAGACGAAAUGAAAAAAAUAUAUCGUACAAUUUGACACCUAAUAAUCGUAUACCUGUUGUUUAAAUUCACGCACCAAAUUUGCAUGUUAAUAUAUAGAACAAAGAAACCACGGAAUACUGACUCCAACGCAUAGAGGAAACAUUCCCCGUAAUACACGAACGUUCGUACACUCUUAUCGUCUGAUAGUUAUCUUGAUUAGGAACUCUCGUUCGGAAAUAAUCCAUGGUAAAGGGGUUCAUUUAUUUUCUUAUAUUUUUUUGUUCUUUAAUCCAGUUUUUGACGUGCUAAUGAGUUUUCUUUUGUGUUAAAAAGAGUCGCUCUGGACCUGCAUGUAGUUAAGUCAAUCAACUGUGAAUACAUUUCAAUGACACCUUUCAACGUUCAAAUGAUGCUAGCUGGGAUUAUGUCAGUCUAGUUCACACCGCUUCAGAUCACGCCGGUUUCAUUUACAUUUACAAAGUUGUUUCUCAAAGAAAAUGAGAUUUUCCUAGAUCUUAAUAUCGCUUUAAGUGAGAGCUACGUAUAGGUGAGCAUUAAACUCAAGUAUUUCAUACAUUUUAAAUUCGUUUACGUGAAACGCCGGCUUAACAAUUUCUGAAAAAUUGUAUUUACUUUUAGGAGUUUCGUCUUCAACAGGGAUUCAAGAUUAUAACAAAGAAGAAAAUGCCACUGUUUUUCAUAUUGCUGCUGUGUUUGCUCGGCGUCUCCGUAGCCAAUGAAGAAAAAGAGUGCGACAUUUGGCCUAAAGGGAAUUCAACAGCUGUGUAAGUGAAAAAUGUUUACAUCUGCUUACAACUAACGGACUAAAUGUUGACAGGCAUGCAUUUCUCAAGCGUGAAUAUUUCAAAUUCGUUCCUGUCACCGGGCAGCGAACGGGUUAUUAUCUAAGGUGUAUGUGUUGUGAGUUAGGUAAUAGGAACACAGUCAAAGUUCAAACAGUGUCAUUUAUUGAAAGGUAAAAUUCGCCAUAAGCGCCAUUCGCAAGGCAGGAACUCUUUGAUUUAAAAAUACUGUGUGCGUGGAGUAAUAUUGAACACGGAAGGAAGCGUUUCGAAGGUUUCGUGCUGAUUUUACAUCCAAAUAUACAGGGAAUUCCAAAGGGAAGCCUAUUUGUUAGGACACAUAAACGAUGUGAAAAAAAAAAAAAAAACAUGGCAAAGCUAAUAUGUGGGUUGGUUACAUGUUUGAAUUUCUCGAGUACCUUUCUCCAUCGUUGAUAUCAAUCUGCACUACUUUUCAUUCUUUUCUUCUCUUUUUAUUUUUAAUUAAGGAAGUUUAUCAGAUGAGGGACUUAUAGGGCUUUGAUAAUAAGGGAAUCAAUUAAAUCAAAAAUAAAUUUCGCCCUUUUUAGCACUUUUCACACAUCUAACGACAGCGAGAUUUAGGGUUAGGAUUUUCCUAACAUAAGCUUAUUGUUUCCUGGAGUCUAUUUUUUUAUUCUCUUUCUUCUUAAGCCUUUCAUUCCCAAGAUCUCAUUAGCAAUUCUCCUUACUGUCUGCCAUGCAAUUCUUACGAUGUUAUUUCUGAGAAUUUGGUCUCUGAUCGACUAAUAAUUCUGCAAUUGAUAUUGUUUCCUUAUUUCCAUAACGUUUCUGCUUGAUGACGUAUCGAUAUUGUAAAGAGAAAUACUGUCGUGGUCGUGGGAGUUUUAGGAUAAGAAACACUGACCUUGAAAACAACGUACUUUAAUACGAAAGUAUAAAUCAGGGACUAGAAAGACGAAAAAAUUUAACAAAAAUUUUGGCUCAAAAAGAAAUGUAACGUCAUACUUCCAUUACGUGCAAGGACUGAUGAACUUAAUCCUUACAGGAUCUAAAUUUUCUUAUACACUUUAAACUUCAAAGCGCCGACGUCGACACCAGCUUACUUGAACAGCAAAAUAUAAAUCAGAUUGAACAUGCGGAAAAUAAACUUGAAUUUCAAACACGGAAAUGUGACCAUAAGAUAAUAAAUAUUGUGCAAAUUGCAAAUUUUAACAACAAAACGUUUAUUAUUGAGUGUCUUUAUUUUUUACAAGACUGGGAAUGCUUGAAGCUUCUUAAACCCACGCUUUAGAUGAACCAAAGGAAAAAAAAACCGACAUCUAGCAUUGCUUUUCACCUGUGGCUUUGAAGGUUCGAACGCAGUUAUUUGUAGCGCCCAAUUGCAACCUGGUUGGGGAGGUUAGGAAGCGGGGGCCGUUGACAGCUAAAUUUUCUCAGAGCUCUUUUCCUGCUGAAUGUACUUGCUUUGAAGUCAAACUACGAUCUAUUCUAAUAGAGAUUUACUAAUCUAAUAGAGAUUUAUAAUGGCAUUGGAAACGAUAUAACACCGACGGUAACGCCAGGACCCAUCGUUGAUAUUUCUCUUAAACUGCUUUCUUUAUACUCAUACAAUUGUUAUAUGUUUUUGGGUUUUUUUUUAUGGUUAAUGUUUUUGCACCUUUCAAUAUAUUUUCAGCGAAAUAAUUAACCAAGGCUGCACUAGUGUUGUAUCGACGCUAUGUAACAACGCAACAGACCAUGUAACUAGCGUGUGAGUAAAUUUUAUUCAUACAUACUGAUUGUAAACAAUUCGAUUAUUAGUUGAAGAGUUUAUUCAGCCUCUAGUUUAUGCACCGAUCAAUGUAAGGGGGACGGGAAAUUUGAACCUUGCCUGGCUAAGAAUUUAUUUUAGGAAAGUGUAACGUUUUUCUAGCGGAGUACAAGUGCUAUGUCUUUACUUUUGGAGGUGUUUACAGGUAAAGAGUUCACUUUCGCGAGCGAAUGGCUCAAAAGAAAAGGUCUACAACGUUUAGGUGUUACAGCUUGGUCAAUGUGGAGAAAGUUACAGUCGCUGAUUUUGCCUUUCCAAAAAAAAAAUUGAUCUUCAAAUCUGGCACUUGGGCAGGGCAUUUGAACACAACUUUCUACCUGGAGGGGCGGGAAUUUGAACAAACCAAACUUCAAAAGUUAAUAUGCCCGGGAGUUUGCCCGUGGGGGGAAUGCUGAAGCUUCGAAUUGAUGGACGCAUUAGAGGGAGGACAGAUUCGCUCUCUAAGAUUAUCAUCUCCUAUAGACCAUGUAUCAGUGGUUACCCUCGUUUUACUUUUAUUUCACAGGCGUCUUUCCAAUAACAAAAUCGAACACUUAAAUGCAACCACGUUUGCUUGUUUUGAGAAUCUCAAAGAACUGUAAGUGUAUUUACGUAUUUACUACAAUUGUCUUUUGUCAAUGGCGAGACUUUGUUAACCGUUGUCAAAAGAUUUUUUCAGUUCUCUUAUCUCUUAAUUCCUUUAUCGUAUGUGGUAUUAUAAUCAGGAGUUUUUCAUUUUCCUCUUGAACAAUAUAUCAAGUAAUGCAAAGUAAAUUAAGGAGACCUGUAUUAAACAUCCUUUCGAAUUUUGAGGAAUAUUUUGUCUAAGUCCAAAAUUUGAUUUCUCGUCAUAGAUUUCAUCUCGCAAUGAUUUAUUUUCAUGUAAAUACAUAUGAAUCGGCAUUGUUCGAAAACCAGUAUGCUUAUGGGAGGUCAAAUCUUUCCAAAUUGUAAGGUUGAUAUAAAAAGGUACGAAUACAGCUUGAAAACUCUUAAAUUUCUCAUUGCAGAGUUCUCGACGGAAACCUCAUCUCUGACAUUCCUCCAGGAGCAUUUUCCGGUAAUGCCGCUUUAGAAGACUUGUAAGUUGUUUAUCUGUUUUUCAUUUUAUUUUUUGUAAAUAAUAACUUUGUCUUUCGUUUUGUGACUGAAACUCCCAUAUCCAUAAUUUUCACUGACACUGAGGAAAAUAUUUGUUUUAGUCUUUCCCACACAGAAACCAUGAAUCUGUUUAUUUCUGUCAAUAUACCGAAAAAUGGCUAGCAAUUAAACUCUUGACAAGCGAGUUUGUCUCGCCGCCUUCUGGGAAGUGAAUGCUCCUAUCACUUCCGAACUAGCCAAUCUCCAAGCGUGAAAAGCACUAUUUAGUUGUGUGGUAUAUACCAAUAUGGAUUAUUAUGCAAACUUGGAAUUAUUUUGUCAUUCAGGAAUCUUGAAUACAACAAACUAAGAGAUAUUUCUGCUGGAGCUUUUAAAGGACUUCAUUCAAUGAAACAUUUGUAAGUAACUUUCCUGUGCCUUGCUUGUUAGCGCUUUUCAAACAGAUGACGCAAAAACAAAACCAAAGAGAUCGCAAUAACCAAUCAGAACAGAGGUAGCUAUCGGUAAAGCGCGGGAACACUGGAGUGACUGCGCUUGAUUACCUUUCAGUUUUACUCUGUAUUGGUCGCGGGAGGGAUGGGAGGGGAGGUUGUGGGAGGUAGUGGGAGUGGGUGGCAUAAGUUUCGACCAAUCACAUAGUGAAAUAAAGAAAAGCAAAAUAAUGCUAUCUCAGAUCAGUUUCAACGCUCGAUUAAAAUAUUAUUUAAUUUUGGGAAGUUUGGGCAAAACUACAUACACGGUCCGAUCUCCAUGUCUUCGAGCUCCAAAAUAUUAAGAUAAAUCCAAUCAUUAAAUUCCAGCUGGCCGAAUAUUAAAAAAAAAAAUGUAUCACGACUGAAAAAAUAUCCAUCAACAAUUGCAGAUAUCUGAGCAGUAAUUCAAUCACGAGGAUUGAAGAGAGCUCGUUUUCCGGACUCAAGACGCUGACGGAAUUGUGAGUACAAAUUUAAGGGAAACUACUCAUAAAGUUUUAAGCAUUGCCAAGGUUUGUUUUCUUGUUUCAAAGAGAUUUAUGAACAACAAUGGCCUCAUAGUCUUUGCCACUGGUGCCUUAGGAGCUCCAAAAUAUUGAAACAAAACCAAUCAUUAGCGUUCAGCUGACUGAAUAUUGAAAAACCCAUAAUACUCAAACCUAAUAUUAAGCAAUUAUUGGAAGAGAUUUUUGUGAUAUCCAGAAUAAUCAAGGUCGAGGCAGGGAUUAUCUACCGAAGCCGAUGCCUGACGCUGGAACCUUGACAGAGACCUUGAUUAUUCUGGAUAUCACAAAAAAACCGAAUAUAAUAACUGUUUUAUUAUACACUGAGCGAAAAAAAAAUUGGUCACGAUAGUAAGUGGAACUGAUAAUUUAUUUCUAAACGUGUAAAAAUAUAUAAAUCAGCAGGCAACACAAAACGCGUGAACUUGAAGUGAUUACCCUGAGAAAUCAAGGACCUUCAGUGUCCUUGACAUGAUUAUUGUAUAAUCUGCGGCUAGAUGACGUCCUAAGCGCGGAUUUCGAAAAUUCACUAUACGCUUUCGGCCAAUCAGAAAAGAGAUAGUGAGUUGAAUAAUGAUAGUAAUUUCACCACUGAAAAUAUUAAACCAUUGAUAAUUGCAGACAUUUGAACCACAAUUCAAUCACGAGAAUUGAAAAGAACUCGUUUUCCAAGCUCAAGACGCUGAAGAAAUUGUGAGUACAAAAUUUAUUGAAAAAUUCUCAUAACGUUUUAAUGCUCGUGCAGAUUUGACCAAGAAAGGUUUGUUUUUCUUGUUUGAAAUAGAUAUAUGCAAAACAAUGGCCUCAAGUACAUCGCUCCUGGUGCCUUCGACGGGCUUGAUUUGAUCGAUUUGUAAGUAUCACCUUGCUUUCAAACUCCUUUUUUUUAACGCUGCCGUUCUUGCUCAGAUCAACUGUUGUUAUUGUUCCAGCGAUUUCGUAGAAAAAUUAAGCUUUGAAUUGUAGCUCCGGUUUCCUUAAAUUUGCCCACACCUUAGUCAACCGUCGAGCGCUUUAAGGGAUUCAUUUAAGAGUUUAACGGCAUGCAUUUGAAGCAAAAAAUGAAAACAUUUCAGCUUUAACGAAAGGCCUUCAAACAAGCUUAAACUCGUGGUAAAAGGUGAACAUUUACCCAGUUUCUCUGAAAAUUCUUUGCGUCACCGAUUCUUGAGCUCCUUGAAGAGUGCGUUUGAUCAACUAUUUGGGCCUAGUUCACAAAAGCGAUACAAGAACGAAGAUCGUUAUUCUAAGCGCCAUUCGCACCUUUCUAGGCAUGUGAUGAAGGGUAUGUCUAUGACUGGGAAUAUAAAAUCUUGCUUUGUAAACGCAAACAUUAUAAUCGAUAGUAUCGUUCAUUCAUUUUAAUUCUAACCAAUGAAAGUCUUGGUACUGGUAAUUUGCAGCUUGUGACAUUUUAAGAUGGUUAUAACACCGGAGGAGCUUUUUAUACCUAUGUUGCCCGUUUAGAUCAUAACAGCGCAACCCGAUUAAGAUCAUUAAAUCGCAUAAGUGGAACCAAACUUUAUGCAUCGCUAACUCUUGUGAUUUGAUUUCACAGGCGCCUGCAAGAUAACAAUCUCGAGGAAAUACCUGCGUUUCAAAAGCCUUCAAAAAUUACUACCCUGUAUGUAUUAUAAUUUUUUUUCUUUUGUGAGUGAAUUCUACGGUGUGUGACCGUACCUUAGCAAAAAGCGCCCAAUCACUUUUUCAAACUUUGAAAUUUGGUUAUAACUCAUGGAAGAUUUUUUGCAUAUCGCCUGGGGGGGGGGAGAUUUUUGGUUUGUCUCGAUAAAGUUUACUUGAUCUCCCCAUAAGGUUGUGAUGUUUUGAUGAUUUCAACCUCAUUGGCAGUUAAUUGGCAGACAUUCUUCCACAAUCAUUCUUAAAUUUGGUUGGCGACUACUGAUCUCCCAAUCGGUCCCCCCUGAAAACAAUGUGAUCCCAAAAAUACUUUACCCGACCCCCUCUGCGAUAAAUUUCGACUCGGUCCCUAAAAGCGCAAACUUAAUUUAUAUACUUUAUUUUAAUACCUUGGGAAGCUGUUUUGUGGUACGAACAGCUAGUAGCUAUUAGUUAGUAGCCACCUCUGUUAUGAUGUAUAUAAUUUUAUAUGGAUUGACCCCUAAAUAUCGACGAUCUCGAUUUGUAUUCCGAAAUGAUGUUACUUCAUACCCACUGAAGAAUUCUGGGAAUAAAUUGGCUGUUCCGCAACCCCGCCCCAACUAUUUGAAGAGAAGUUUUUCCUACAGAGUUGCUUUCCCAUGAGCUCCGAUCAACAGUUUCUUUAAGCGAGUUCAAUGGUAAAGUGCGUUAUUAUAUCUUUUGAUUAAAACACGGCAUCCUAAAAAUGCAGCUUUAAUGAUAUAAUAGGUUUUUAUUCUAAUAAUACAAUAUUAAUCAUUAGUUAGUUUAGCUAAGCAGUAUUAGCUAUUUUUCACUCUUAGAUUAUGCGGAAGGAUUUUACCCUGAAUAAACAAAGUUAUCUAUCUAUGUGGUGACCGUUUUGAAUUAGUUUACGCUCUCUGUGUCAAUAUUUUCCACGCAUCUUAAGCCAUCUCUGUGCCAUCUCUUAAGUUCUAAGUCGCUGCUACUUUCUUACAGAGAUUUGUCCUCAAACCCAAUCAUGAAACUUGAUGCCAAAGCGCUGGGACUGCAUCAUGAUCUCGUCAGUCUGUAAGUUGACCAUACUGUGUAUUUUUUUAACUCUACGCCUUUCGACCGAGGAACCAGAUCUGCCAACGAUCUACGAGCUUUUAAAAGACUCCUAGUUGGCAAUAUCUCUUGCGAUAAAACAACGCCAUUUUGAUGUGAAUACGGAAGAUCUGGGUCUAAUAAGGGAAAUUAUAACUAGAAAGCCAAAUUGAUAAUUUCAUCUUUUUAACGAUUCCCCGGGAACCCCCCACUUCUCUCCCCAUCCACCCACCCCCCACCCCCCAACCCACUCCCCACCCAGUCCCCAACCCAGUCCCCACCCCCAACCCACCCCCACCCCCAACCCAGUCCCCACCCCAACCCACCCCACCCCCAACCCACUCCCCACCCCCAAACCCAACCCCCAACCCACCCCCACCCCCAACCCACUCCCCACCCCAACCCACCCCAAAAACCCAUCCCCCCCCCAUCUCCAACUCACCCCCAACCCACCCUCCUCAAAAACGAUUCUUACCGUUGAGUUACUUUCCUUCUAGAUAUUUGUCCCAAACAAGGAUUACGACCCUGAAGAACAGAGUUUUUGUCAAUAACACCCGACUUCAAACCUUGUAAGUACUGAACCGUUUUUCAAUUGAGUAACUGCUGCUUUUGUUUUGAUUUACAUCGCUUUGAUUGGUGCAGAAAAUACGCGCCACUCCCUCAACCAAUCAGAUGCAAAACUGAAAACAAUCACGACUUGGUUGCUCGGGAUUUCCGGCGCUUGAGGCAGUUUCGUCGGUUUUACUUUGAGUUCACGUUGGCUCUUAACCCUUUACAUUCUAACAUCAGUAAGCAUAUUCUCCAUAACACUCACUAGACAUAUCUUAGGGUUCUGACAAGGAGAAUUUGUGCAAAAAUGAAGAGCUUCUUAAGUUGAUGAUCAUCUCCUUUAUUCUCAUGACCUAAAUGUUUGAUUCCAGGAUGAUGUAAGGAGAAAUUAGAUUUUAGUCACUCUUAGGCGUUGCGAUUACUUUAGCUUUGGGUUUCGUCACUCAAUCGAAAAGCACUCUAUUACCGUUUAUAAAAAUCAUUACAAGACUCUCUUUUACAAGGUGUCGUGCAAAGGAAAAAAAUUAGCAAACACACUUUUCUUUGAAAGAAUCUAAAAGUUCCUUAGAUAUGAUACACUACUGGAUAAAUCUUCAUUUUUAUCUAUUUUUUUUUUAAUCUUUACAAAAAUAAAGCCAUUCAUGGCUUUCGGAAUACCCGAGAAACAGAAAGAGAGUACUGAAAGAAAGUUAAAUUCUUUCCUCCGUAAAAGAGAAAAAACGAGUCUUUCAACAAAGGUGGAAAAAAGAAAAAAAGAAUGCCACGGAAGGCCAUGGGGCAUAUUUAGUAAACUUCUUCAAUGAUUCUAAUUCAAAAGAGUACAUUGAUAAUUCUGCCUUUGGCAGACAAUCUCCCUUCAAAUAUUUAUGGCUGAGAUUCGUUAGGAGGGUGGGGUGACUUCAGGAAAACUGAUUCCAGUUCACUCCCCCUUCUCCCCCCCCCUCCACAUGUAAUAUAAUUUUCUUAUCUCGUCCCUGUUAACAGAAGGUUCAUAGGAGAAAAUCUGAAAGAAAUACGUCCGGAGGCUUUCAAAGGACCACAGCUCAUAGAGUUGUAAGUUUCGAUGUGAUACAUAAAUAUCUUAAUACAUCGAUUAAUUCGGAGCUUUUACAUUUUGCCCCUUUCCCCCCCCCCCCCCCCCUCUCUAGGCAGCCCACGGUAUUUAACUGUGAUUUGUGCACGCAGGAUGUGAAAUUUGGGCAUUGCUUGGGUGGGGUAGGGUGGGGAAUUUAAAUCCGAACUGUCUCUUUAUCUUUUAAAAUAAAAGUGUUCGAGGGUAAAAAGUUCACUUUCGUGAGCAGAUGGCUCAAAAGAAAAGAUCUAAAAGAAGAUCACGAUUGCUAAUCUUGCCCUUUACAAAAAGGAACAUUUACGAUCAAACCAGGGAGUUGGGUGGAGCAUUUGAACACAAUUUUGGCCCCAAAGGACGCGAAUAUGAACGAACCAUUCUUCAAAAGUUCAUAUGUUUUGAGGGGGGGAGGGGAGGGGGAUGUUGAAGCUUCGAAUUGAUCGGCGCAUUACGGAUAAGAAACCGAAUGCAACCUGUUUGAACUUGUUGGGUUUAUAAAUGUUUGGUUGUAAGAUUUGCCUUGUUAGAGUUUUCUCAGGUAUACUUCGUAAGAAGAACGAGACACCGUUUGGAACAGGCAAAAUGAAAACAACGACAAUAACAAAUCAACCAGCAAUAACAAAAUGAAACGUAAACAAUGUGCACGGAUAUUUCUGCACGGAUAUUAAAGAAUUGGUUCAUGCUUAGCGUGCGCUUAUUCCUCUUAGGGCCUGUUUACAUGGAGGUGGGGGACCCCAGGUAGGUGAGGUAACCUGCCUAAGUGGGGUAGCCCGCCUUUCCAUAUAAUCUCUCAUUUUAUCUGAUCACGUUUACAUGAUAGGUGGGGUAACCCGCCAAGGCGGGUUGCCCAGUCUGCCAGCUGGGGUGACCCUGUCAGCCGGGGUGACAAUUUGCCAUGUAAACGUCUCAAGGCGAGGUAACCCGCUUAGCCGGGGUCGCGUUCAUUGCAAAAAGUUCAAGAACUGAACACGUAUGUUUUAAAACUUUGUACAUUUCCAAACCGUCUCAUGACAGAAAUCACCAGAAACCGCAACGGACACACAAGGAGUGUAAAAUGUUCACAUUUCGGAAUAUUUAGCGUUGUAAAUCGACCAUAUUUCGUUUCCCAAACCAUUCCUUAUAACGUAUUAAGUCUAACCUAACACCGCGUAACAUAACGCGUGACGCUUUCAUGAAUAAAUACAUACAUGUCCGAGAAUUAAUCUUUCGUCUUUCUUGAGAUGUGAGCUUGGGACGCCUACGCUCAAACUCCCUGCAAGCGCAACAACAACCUUAAGAAACCUCACCCCAGCACCCCGGAGUUUGAAGAGUGCAUGUAAACGCGUUUUAUUUUUCUACUGCGGCUAGGCGGGUUACGUCACCUACCUGGGGUUCCCCACCUCCAUGUAAACAGGCUCUAACACGAUUAACGUUCCGUUUACUGCUUGGGAUGUUCACUUUUCAUUGUUCUUUGGUGCGAAUUCAUUAACAAAAAAAUUCCCCUUCUAUAACAACAAAAAACACUCGGGACUCCUUGUAAAUUUUCUAAAUGGGUAUCACUAAAUCAUUAUUCUCUUGUUAUAGCUGGACAUUUCGGUCAGAAACUUAAAUUUAUUUGAUCGCUUAUUAGAAAAAUAGCAGGUUUUCCUUUUUUAAAAUUUGUCAAAGAUGUUUUUACGGCAAUAAUACACCCUAAGCCAGCAAUGGGCUCUUGUCUAUGCCUAGUUAAGAAAAUUUGGGUAACUAAAUAUUUGUACAACACGGUGAAAAGUUUCUUUGAUUAUUUUGCAGAAAUUUGCAAGAAACUGGGAUCAAAUAUCUGCCAGGUGAUGGGCUUGAGUUCUUGAAGUAUCUCACAAUCAAAGGAGCACGGAAGCUAUGGGAAAUACCAAUCGUCCAUUUUGACAACCUAGACACAGCAAGUGUGGAAUACGCCUUUCAUUGCUGUCUCAUUAAGACUAAACGUGACUCGCGUAACGUGAUGGCCACUAGAUCGAGUGUUUCAUCGUCUCCUACCGUCAAGCCGUGUAAUGUGACAGCUAAUAGAACGACAACUACAGCACGUCCAACCACGACAGAUCCCUUUGGUGGUAUCGUCGGACCAAAACGCAACAACACGGAAAUUCCAACUGAAUCAUGCUACGAUGGGACCAAAAAUGUUAACACUCGCCCGACAGGGUCGACGGAUGCACCGUUUACUUGCGUUUCAGAGCAAAAAAAUGACACGUUCAACCCGUGCGGUGAUUUACUGGCUACGAACGCGUUGCGCGUUUCUUCCUGGGUGGUGCUGGUCCUCGCUCUCUUCGGGAACUCGUUCAAACUAUUUGUUCUGUUGCUGAGUAAACGCAAAAUCUCCAUCACCAGGAUCCUGAUGUGUAACCUGGCUUUUGCAAACCUCUGCAUGGCUGUGUUUUUGUUGAUGAUCAUAAGCGCCGAUAUGUAUUCCUUGGGCGAAUACCAAAACUUCGCUAUGCGGUGGCAGUUCGGAACUGGUUGCAAAAUCGCCGGAUUUGUAUCGAUUUUCUCCACAGAGCUCUCUGUCUUUGUGUUGACGAUCAUCACUGUGGAGAGAUACUUCACCAUCGUCCAUCCUCUUAAGGUUAACAAACAUUUGAAUACGAAGCAGGUUAUUAUACUCAUAGGGGUGGGGUGGACGUUUUCUUUGACAAUGGCAAUCCUGCCGCUGGUAGGGGUGAGUAGUUAUCAACAGGUGGCAAUAUGUCUUCCAUUUGAUGUGAAAAACACUCUGUCAAAAGUUUACGUUACGUUUCUUUUAUCAACGAAUGGAAUGGCGUUUUUCUUCGUGCUGUUUUGUUACGGUAGAAUGUACUGCAGUCUCGGAGGAUCUGUGCCUGGCGCGUGCGUGGACCGUGUGGAGAGUCGCGUUGCCCGAAGAAUGGCGAUGCUUGUGAUUACAAACUUCGCAUGCUGGUUUCCAAUUGCACUUGUCAGUCUUGUAGCUGUUUAUGGAACAACUUUGAUAGAUUUGAAAACAGCGCAGUUUUUCUUGAUCUUCGUUUACCCAAUCAACUCCUUCACAAACCCUUAUCUCUACGCCAUAGGAACGAAACACUUCCAGAUGGACGCACUGGAAAUCAUAGACCGUCUUGGUAUUUGUAAGUCAGCGGUAGAAAAAUUAAGCGGUAAGCUACGAGAUCAACUUGAGACGUUACCGAACUCGUCCCGAGGAGUUACCGGAAGUAAAAUAAGUCUCAGCUCCUCUCGGUCACCGCACCAUUCGCCUGGAGUAUCGCCAAAGAGCAGUUUUCGUAACGAGGGCCGUCAUAGCUCUUACAGAAGCCGCAACGAGAGUAUGAGAAGUAACAGUAGCAACUUCUGUUCCAACUCAUCGAGAGAAAGCCAAACUUGUUCACCGUGUAAUUUUUUAACAAUUCCAUUGAUUUAUAGGAAAAGCUAUGACCAGGACCGGGAGAAAGAGACAGCAGACUCCAUAUCAAGUGUUAAUAUGAAGAACAAUGCAAUCGAAAGGACUUCCUUCCAGUCGCAAAACUCUGAUUCUGAACAGGAUAAGAUUUCCGCGCGUAGACAAUCCGCCAAAGAAGUUGUUCUGGAUGGGCAGAUUGCCUAUCAUUUGAAUAGAGCAGCGUGUAAAAACAGGGACAGUGAUGAUGUUGAGGCGCUGAUGUCUCUCGAGUCUGACACAAGCGAUGUUAAUAAAAACACAGAAGACACAAAGGACCACCUUUACUCGCAGAUGCCGGUUGUUAUGGUGACGACCUGUUAAUGUUGCUAUUGAUAGUGAUAUUAAAUUCAGGGGACACACUUGGGAUAAGAAAAAGUGCGCCCUUCAAAGAUAGGACCAUUAUUGUUUUUCGGUUGAGACUAAAGGCCGAAUAAGAUAGCGUAAAUGGAUCAAUAUCAGUAUCUGGGCAACUGGUCACCUACCCCUCCCCUAACUCAACAACAGUCAAUUGACAACAAGUUAAGGCUAAUGUUGGGUUAGGAGAGGGGUAGGUGGGCAGUUGCCCAGAUACUGAUAUUGAUCCGCGUAAAUCUCGUUCCAAGGCUCUUCUCUUGCCCCUCCUGGUACGAAGUUGAGAUGGUGGUGGCACAAAAUCUCCUCUUUCACUGAAUUUUCCAAACGCUUAUUGAAAAAGAGACAUUGAUAAUAUCAAAAGAAGUUAUCCCGCCCCCUCUACCAUGAACAAAUACAACUUCAACAAUAACAAAUCU